GCUUUUGAACGUUUUUCAGGCUUCUGCAGAUCCGUCUGGAGAAAGAGGAAUCUGAGGAUGAGCUGAAGGAGCUUAAGGAGAGAAUGAGCGCCGUGAAGCAGCAGGCAGCAGAUUCCAGCCAGUCAGAGGCUCUCAACCAGGAGCUCCAGCGGUGCAGUGCUGAUCUACACAAGGCCAGGUUAGAGCUGGAGAAGCAGAGGACUGAGUAUGACAAGAAGGUCAUGGAAACCAUUUCCCUGAAAAAGUCUCACCAGAACCAGGAGGCAGAGCUAAAGUAUGAGAUCGACAGGCUGAAGGACCAGUUACAGAGGGCCAAAGAUGACUGUGUAAAGGCACAAGAGAAAAAUAAACAUCUCCCAAGCCCAGCAACCAUUUCGGAGCUGGAGCAGAAGCUCAGUGGGGCUCAAAGAGAAGCCAGCCAGUUUAAAGCAAAACUCUCUGCAACCGAGGAAGAACUGGAAACUGCUAGAACAGGUCUAAGUAAAGCUCAGAUGGACGUUAACUCCCUCCAAGAUGCUCAGAAGGACCAGGAUGCGGCUAACGCCCGCCUCAAAGAGAAACUCUCCCGUUUAGAGGCUCAGCUGCAGAGCAACGCCACCGAGAGCUCGGAGGCGGAGCUCGCCCUGCACUCCGAGGUCAGAAGCCUCCGAUCUGAGCUGGAUGAGGGGAAGAGAAAAGCUUCCAGACUGAGCCAAGAACACCGUGAACUCGGCCUGCGUCUGGAGGACACGGAGAGGGACAGAGAGACGCUCAAGCAGACAAUCACCCAGCUGGAGGACAGCAAACGGCAGCAGGAGAAAGCCAUGGAGAAACUCAGCAAAGAAUACGAGUCUCUGAAUGUGACCUCAAAAGAAGAGAUCCAGGCUCUGAAGGUUCAGCUGGAGGAGCAGAGAGAGCGAACACGAAAGGAGGUGCAGGACGCACAGCGUCAUGGAAACGAUACGAAAUCCGAGCUGGAACGAAACCAACAAAGCUUAAGGCGACAGGAGGAAGAAAUGUUGCGACAGAAGAAGGAGCUUCAACUUGCAUGCGAAGAGAGGGACAACCAUCAGCUGGACAAGGAGCUCCUCACCAACAGACUGCGCCACCUAGAGGGAGAGGCAGAGGCCAGCAAAAACAGCCUUAAUGAGAAAGCGCGCGAGAUUCGCAUCCUCGAGGACAAGCUGAAGCGUGUGGAGUUGGAGCUGGAGGAGGAGAAAAGCUCAGUGGAGAUGCUGACGGACCGAGUGUCCAGGAGCAGAGACCAGAUCGACCAGCUCCGCUCUGAGCUCAUGCAGGAGAGAUCCUCCAAACAAGACCUGGAGCUGGACAAGAACGCCAUGGAGAGACACCUGAAGGAGCUGAGGAGCCGUGUGGCUGACAUGGAGGGUCACUCUCGCUCAUCAGCCGGAGUUUCUCAGCUGGAAAACAAGAUCCAGGAGCUGGAGGACCGCCUGCGAGCUGAGGAGAGAGAGAAGAACACCAUGUUGUCGUCACAACGUCGCCUGGAGAGGAAGCUGAAAGAGCUCAACAUGACGCUGGACGAGGAGAGACAAACGCACAGCGAACAGAGAGAUCAGCUUACCCUGAGGGUGAAGGCCCUGAAGCGGCAGGUGGACGAGGGAGAGACGGAGCUGGAGAGGAUCGAGACUCUGAGGAGGAAAGCCCAGAGAGACAUGGAGGAGCAAACGGAGCUGAAGGACGCUCUGCAGGCCAGAGUCACCGCUCUGGAAACGGAGCUCAAGAGGAAAACUCAAGCAUCGAUGAGGCCGGCUCUGGAUUCGUCCGCCCUCAGCUCAGAUGACGACGACGACGACGACAGCCUGUACGACCCGUCCACCAUCACCUCGUUCCUCACCGAGAGCAACCUCCAGACCAGCUCCUGCUAAGGAACAACUUCUGGGUUGGAACAGAACAAGAGGUUCUGCUGGGAACUAUAAAUGAAGGGGAGGCUUGUGUAGACUGGGGGAAAAGCUAGAGGGUAACGGUAAACACAGGAGACAAUGAGGGCGGGCGGCGAGGACCUUAACGACUCAUUGUAGAGCUGAACAUGGGGACUAAUUUUUUCACACCAGCAUGAAUGUAAGGAAACAAAACAUCUCCACCAUUUAAAGGAAUUUCCCUCUCCAUCUCAUGCACACAAUACACGACCCGACACAAAGUACUGCUGAAGCAGACUUUACUGCACCUUUUGGAACAAAUUCAAUGUGUUGGAUCAUUUCAGAGCUGCUUCACUUCGAGAAGCUCAGCUAUUUUUUAUUUAUUUUUUUUUUUUUUCCCUUUCCUUACCACCACUAAAAAGUUUUUCUGUAACAGUUUCCAGUGCAGAUGUCAUCAGGUCAAACCUGGCUAAAUUAUAUAGACGUUACUACAGCAGCAGUGGAUCAAACAACCAUAAGCUUUUAUAGUUUAUAUUUGAAAAAGAGGCAGAUUUGUAGAGAUUGUUCACCAGAAGCUUCACAACAGCCUGCAAAAGCUGUCUGCAGCUGCAGAGAUCGUUAUCCACGAUGAAGUCGUGAGAUUCCUGUGCUGUGAUCAUCUAAAGAAAAACCACAACAGAUUAUUUGAUUAUUUGAACAGAACAAUAUAAUAAUAAAGCAGAAAAGGACCAAAUGUGUCUUACUAAUGUUGAUUAUUAGUUUAUUAUUUUGAGUUUGAUGGAAAAACUUGAACAAAGAGUUUGGAAUAAAGACCCAUUAAAUGAAUAGUUUUCAUGUGUUUUUUGAGUAUAAAAAAUGCUUAGUUUUCCAGACUUGUAUCUUUUUUUCUAUUUUCUAAACACCUAAUGAGUUAGUAGAUUUUUCAUUGAUUCAAAUUUGAUUUUUCACGUCACAUUUUGGGUUUACAGUUUGUCUUUCAGUGUUUAAUUUGCUGAUUGAAUACCUUCAGGAUCCAUAUAGAGCAACUUUUUAGGAUCAGAUUGAGCUGGACUUUUGCUUUUUAAAGUGGGUCUUAAAACAAAGCGAUAAACUACUUCUUUUUUUAUAUAUACAAGCAGAAUAAAGGGGCCAAAGCUCACUUCCAUCGCAUUUAGAUAAUCUGCAUUUAGUGUAGCGUACUUCAGUCCUUUUUUACAAGUGGAUUUAUUGUAGUUAAGAUGCCAGUGAAGUGGGCCUGGAACGCACUAUGAAGUUUUUUUGUUUCAUGAUUUGUUCUCAAAUGUCCAGAAUGUCAUAAAGCUUUGGCACAAAAAAACAAAAACAGAAAUUUGAGUCUUUGGAAUUAUCUUUUUUUUUUUUUUUUGCUGUUCUGCUCUUUAUGGAGAAAGACUGGGUAUAACACACCUGUAUGAUCUGGCCAGUCAGUCAGCUGCUUUACAGACGUGGCACUUGUGACUUGUAAAGGAGUUUUAAAACCGUCUCCAUGACAGCAGUGCCUGUGGACUGUCCAUCAGUUUCCACUUCCUCUUUAGAAAUAUUUUGACAAAGCCAAACAUAUGUUCAUUGUUACACCACAGGAACGGCAUGUUCGGGAAUUGUUGCCGUUUUAAAGUCGCAAUUCUUUUUUUUAAACCUGAGUUUGCUGAUACCUGUAAACUGCACCUUGUCUUUUUUUUGUUUUCUCAGCUUUUCUUCAUUGUAGUUAACUCGGCAUCAUAAACAAACGAGGUGAUACCAGUCGAAGAGUUGAAUGACUUUCGACUCAAACAGCUAUAAUCAUCGGGUUACUUUGUAGGGAUUCGUUAGUAAUACUUGUGAUUGUGACGCACGAGGCCACAGCAGAGGAGUUUAUGUGCACUUCUUUCCUAUUAACCUAAUCAAAUAUAAUAAAUUUAUAAAAUCACAUUUGAAUGAGCUGCUGCAUUUUGUUCACUGAGACAAGUAACAUAUUGUUUGUAUAAAUGCUUUGCAAUGAAAAAUGCCCAUUAUUUUAGAAUAGUUAGGAAUAAGAGUUUACUCCACAUUUCUAUUUUAAUCUGCACAAAAUAUUGAUAACCUAAUCCCUACCAGAAUCUUGUGGAGAAACAAAAAUACGGCCUGGUGUUCUAUUGUACUGUUGUAUAAUUGUGUAAAUGUUUAAGAAUCGCCCUGCAGUCGUUUAGGUUGAACCCACCAGGUGCGUCUUUGCUUUCUGUCCUCCAGACGGUUUGCAGCUCAAAGUGCAGCAGGUUGAAACGCUGUUGGAAACGACUUUCACUGGAUUGAAAUCUAAUUAAAGUAUUUUUUUCCUCUUGCGAUAGAAAAUAAAGGCCAAAACAUUCUUCUGCCAGGUAUUUAUAAAGAUGGCCUAAUUACUAUGCAUUUCUUUGUAUUAAGUCAGUGAAACUUGUAUUUACUGUCAAUUUAUUACAAUGCCUUUCAAUUAUGAAAAAAAAAUCAAUUUUUUAUGUUUUUUUUUUAUAUUUUGUUUAUACUUUAAGUGAUUGGCUUCACAUAAAUAAAAUAUAAUGUUUAUAUUUGCAUUUUCGGUUCAUGUGGAAAAUAGUACUGAAUGAUUUGUUCUGUGCAGAAGAAAUAAAACAAUUCUGGUUUGUACUGUAAUUAGCUGUAAACAUUUUCCACUUACUCUACUUCACAAAAUAAGUAUUUUAGUUUUCUAUUAUCUGUUAAUUCAGCUACAAUAAAUACGUUAUGUUAAAUUAA